AUGGGUUCAGUCAGUUGCCUUCAAGCUGAUCCAAGUGUUACCGAGCGGCUGACAAGCAACAGAAGCUUGCACUCUGCUCCGCCCCCUCAUGCUCGUCCAGUCGUUUGGGCUUAUCAAGCCGCUCCUCUCGUCGCCGACGCCGCUGUCAAUACUAUUAAAUUGAGACAUACGACCGACUACGAACUAUCAGUCACGUCUGAUUCACUGUUGACGGUCGUCUGUUGGACGUCCCUGUCGUCUUCACCACCGGAAUGUUGA